AUGCACUACCGGGAGCACGUUGAGCGCUUUGGUAGCAUUCCUCAAUACUCCACGGACGUCAGCGAGCUUGCCCAUGUACGGCAGGUAAAAGAAGCUUACAGAGCGUCCAACAAGGUUGAUGCUGCGACGCAGAUACUGGACUAUGGAGGGAGGCGAUUGGCGUUAGAGAUUCGAAUUCUGAAUCUGAAAGACAUCGUCGGAGGUUCUGAGAGCACUGACGACAUCCUCUGGAGCCAUCGGGAUAACCUCAAGGAGUUGCUCGACAUUUUCAAGAUCGAGGACCGCAAGAAAACGCCAAAUGAACGCUCAAUAGUAGAAAGCGGACUGCCCCUGAAGCGUCUUUGCAACCCCUCCGCGAAAUCGGAAAGACUUUUCAACGUGGCAGACGGACUGCAAAUGAGCCAUCUCACGCUAUAUCGCCUGAUAAAGGAGUAUGCCGAGGAUGCGGGAUGCUCUCAGAGCUUUGCCGGAAGCUCUGAGAGCAUGUUGGAGCGCCGGGUGGAGGUUUUCACAUGCUUGCAGGUUCCGAUACCAAUCUUCCAAAGGCCUGACGUAUACGAGGUUCACAACAUCAGGUGUACGGGAACAGCAUCUUUUAGGAAGGGGAAAAUAAGAAAGGAUUGGGCAUGGGUAUCGGUAGGUUCCUCAGAGCAGUGGGGAGUGUUUCGGGGACGCUUACCAGGACGUGUGGAGGCUCUGUUCAAGGUGCGGGAUAGCACAGGGCGCGCACAUAGACUAUGUGUAGUUGAGCUGCUUGAGGCGAAGGAUCGUGGUAUCGCUGAUAGCUCACAUGGGCUGCUGAAGGUCUGUAGGAGGAGGAGGAAGAGGAUGUGGGUCGUGAAUAUUCGGAGUAUAUUAGGAAUGGCCCAUUUGUUCGAGGUGGAUGCUGGCAAUUGGCUGGUAAAUACUAGGAUAGAUUUGCGUACGUGGAAUGAAUUCAGUUGA